GUGUCGUUACCAGCGUUGUUGCAGCUGUAUGCGUCUCCGGUAAGCUCAUAUUCCACGAAGGUUAAUACGUUAUAUGAACAGGCUAAAGGUAUAUCUAGUACUUGACCACGAACGUACACGUGUGCAGGUUCCUGGAAGGGUACACGGUGGGCCUGUUCAUCCUGUUCGUCACUAUGCUGGUGCUGAACGUCCUCACCGUCGUUUACAUGCACGUAGAUAACCAAGCGCAAAAAACCAAAGGACCUGCCGAUGACAACGAAAACUUGGCACUCAGCAUGGACAAGGAAUCUGUCCUGUGGCACCCUCUGGUGUGUGUGCAUCGGUGCUCACCCCUCCUGGGUGGUAGCAGCAGGGCCCACCACUACCCGAAGGACGCCGUGUGCGACCUCUUAUACCUGCAGCUGCCCGCCGAUCUGUCGGUGGCGCAGGUCAGGACGGCGCCGUGCUACAAAGACUUCGUCAUGAUCGCCAGCGUCGCCACCGUCACGCGCUACGGUGUGCUCGUCGAUCGCAGCCAGAGCAACGCCAGCUACUGGCAGCUGAAGGGCGACGACGGGAUGGCCGCGUUUGUGGCGUUGUGGGGCGCGAGGAUCAAGAACCACGGAGUGGCCAACCUCGUCUUGAACACGUCGACCUCCACGGACGAGCUUCAGCUGUUCCUGCCCCUGAUUGAGCGGCUACGCGAGCUGCAGGCCCUGCUGAACGAGCUGACCGGCCAGCAGGUCGAGAGGCGGUACAUGAUGCUGGACGUGCGGACCUCGUACACCAACCCGACCGUGGACCUCGUGACACUGAGUAAACUGCUCCGCAUCGCCAUGGCAUUUCCAAUCGACUUGCUGCUGCUUCAAACGCACCUUCCGGCGGAUGGCACCAAGCCCUGCAUGGUGGUGGGCCCCACGACAAGCGUGCGAGCGGCAUCGAUGGACGCCGUGGACGUGCCCAUCAUGGGCGAGGCCGCAGUCAUGGCUUCGCGGGCCGAGCCGCCGGACUACGUGACCGUGCUUCUGUCGUUCAGUGCGCGUACCGUGUACUUCGACGUUCCGCAGUCGUGGAGCCUGGGCAUGCCCUGCGACAAGAUCGCGGAACCGAAGCAUUUAGGCAAGGUUUGCGUUGAUUGGGCAUCCGUUAUGAAGGCCGGCUGGGAGAUGGCCUGGUUCCUAACGAAAAGGACUCGAAAGUGGAACGUUGCCACGUUCGACUACAACACCACCGUCGGCCCAAAGAUGAAGCACGCCUACAAGCUCUACAGUGGCAAGCGGCUCGGAUGGGCCGUUGAUGACGUGGAGUUCGACUUGGACGCCAAAGAUUAUUGCCGCGAGGCAUUUUCACUCGUUCAGUUAGUAGCUCAAGGCAGGCCCGGGCGUACACCACAUCUGCCCUGAAGAGCGCUACGCGAACACGCCGAGUUUUUUUUUUUUUUACCACCCGGAACCGAGCGUGGUGCACUAUUAUAUAAGAAACUUGUGCGAUAGCUUUCAAUUGACGAACGUGUAUAUAAGGUGCAGUAUACGCGCUUCGCGUGAUUGGGAAUAAUUAAAGCGAAAGUGCGAAACCACGUGCGUGUAAUGUACAAGUGCGUAUGAGCCGUAUGCAUGAUAAUCUGAAAUGCACGAUAAUAGGCAUUAUUGUUAAUGACGGUAAUCUGCUUUACCCCAAUUCUGAGUUCCGCUUAAAUGAGUACCGAGACAUUUUUUUACUUGCAUUUUGUGUGUACUGGCAAGCCCUGAUGAAGGCAAGUUUCGUUGUCAAAAUGUUGUCUACACAGCGACAAUCCUUGUUCAUCACUGUCAAUCGUGGUAAACCUCAGGGUACAAUAAAUUAAAUACCUUUUCUACGAACAAGUUUGUUUCGUUUCUCAGGAGGCGUACGUGCCAUGACGUCAUAACGUACAUCGUGGUCACUAGGGAGCAGCACGUUCCGACCAUAAAAUCCAUAUCUAGGGACCUUAACCAUAGAGUUUCCGACAAUACGUACACUAUUGCAUGAAACACUAUGGUUGCGGCGCUUUGGCACUAGCUCCUGCUAGGACAUACCAUCUCGUCUGCUGUUAAUUCUCAGUGACGUAGAAAAAGUGAUAUCACGUGAUAGCUGCUAAGUCCGAAGUGGUGUCUGGCAAAGAACCCCAGGUGGCCCAAAUUUCCGGAGUCCCCCACUACGGCGUGCCUCAUAAUCAGAUCGUGGUUUUGGCACGUAAAACCCCAUAAUUUAAUUUUUUUUGCAACUCCAGUGGUUCAUGCAGACGUCGUAUAUAUGUGACGUCUUGGCUGCAAAACCUAGCGCAUACCUCCCAAUCUGGCAGCAAAGGCUUUUAGCGUGCGAGUAACCUGGCGGAAUCGCCGCGUUACGGUGGCUAGAAGGGGACCAUAGCUGCGUCGUCCACCGUCGUCGAAGCGUGUGCACGCGGCGACACUAUAUGACAAUGAACGUGAAAAGGCCAUUAGCGUAAAAAGUGAGCUAUCGUGAAAUUAACCUAGUAAACUAACUGGAAGUGUUCACACAUCUCUCGAUUUGUGUAUACUGAGGCACGAGCAAGUUCGCGCACCUCUGUCG